AUGGAGAGCACGUUGGAGAAUGUCGAGCACGGCAUCCGCAACGCACUGCAGCGCCUCAGCGACGCGCGGGCUCGCUUGGCGACCCGGCGUUCCGCGCUGGAUGAAAACAGACUCGUGCUGGUGCGGGCCAUGUCGCCGCUCCUGCUACUUUAUCCUGCUGAAUCAGCGCUGCCGGCUCCUUCCUAUUCGCCUGGUGGUGCCACAGACACGUUUUUUACCCCGUUGCUGCGUGGCCAAUCGACCAAAUUGGCGAUUGCGGCUGGCAGCUCUCCUCGCCACGAUGGCUUACUUUGUGAGGUCGAUCGUGCCGAGGAUGUCGAAGACACUAUCAUCAUCAGUCCUGCCGCUGCUGCACGAGAGCGAGUAUCAGCACUGCCAACACUGCUAGCACAGCAGCCCCUGCUGCCGAUGCCCUCGCCACGCGCUCUUCCUCAGACAUCGACGUGUGCUAGCUUCUACUCGGCUAUGGCGGCACGCACACAACAGCUGGGAGAGCAAUGCUCCAACUACCACCGCGAACACGUGAAGCACGCGGCCAGGCUGCAGAUUGCACAGGUGUGGGUCGGAGAAGUGCAGCCGUGGUUCGAGAAGGUUGUGCAUCGCGGCUUCUUCCAGCAUGUGAUUCUCCGGCUAGACAUGCUGAAUCGACGGGUGGUGCGGCUGUGUCGGCGGUUGGCGCUGGAUCGACCUCAGUACAUACCAAGCCACCAGUGCACAACUCCGAUAGGAAGGGGCAUGUGUGCGCACGGUCAGAUGGUGGGCGAGGAGGGGCAUCUCCACGGCUGCCAACCGUGCUCACAGUGGCGCCCCCAUCUCGCGAGGGGCGGGUGCAACAGAGGGCAAUCAGAUGGGUUACUUGGCGUCAAUGGACAAGUCCGCUCAGCCAGCGAUGGUGGCGGAGAGGGACAAGCAGCGCAGCAGUGUAGCUGCGCAGCAGAGGUCGCGAGCCUUUCGGCGCCGCCGAGCCAACAGGGACGCACCAGCGAUGUCGUUCUCAAGCUUGACAGCGCAGACGGCAACCGCCACUCCGUGUGCUCUCUUUGGCGCCAGUACAUUCAGAUGGUGUCGCAGCCAGAUGCUAUGGACGACGAGCAUCGUCACUCGGGCGAAGAGAGCUACAGUCCACCAUCGCCGCUCCUGCGCACACCUCGCUCUCUCCGACAUGUGUGGCAUGUCAUCAUGGAAGGCUUGACCAGCAACGAUGUCGGCGCAGUCAGCGACUCGAUGACCAUGGAACCCCCUAGCGUUCUCCUUGCCGCCGACGGAGACGCCGUCGGCGACGCGAUGCCGCACCCAGGCCGCCGACUGUACCAGCGCGGCCACAUCGAUGCACUUGUGCGAAACCUCAGCAACCUUGUGAGGCGAUGUCCCUUACUUCACCCGCCACUGCCUCCUCAGCAGUCGACGCUGCGGCUCUGCAGCCAUGAUGAACACGAGCAUGAAGUGGGUUGUCACGACGAUUGCGAUGACGCUGCUGGCGAUGGGCGUCGUGGUGCAACUGCCCUUGUGCGAGUACGUCUGUCAUCGGACACAGGCUCUCCCACUGUGGACCUCCCCCACUCCCACCUUUCUGCACUGCUUUGCUGCGCAAUGCAACUCUGCUCUCUGGCCAGGCUGUGCAACGCGAUCCGUGCAGGCCAACCUCUGUGCUACGUGACACCGCCACCGCAACUUGCUUAUGAUGGUGACGUGGGUGGUUGCUCUGGUGACGACAACGUCGCAGAUGACGGCAUCGGCGGUGUGGAGGUGGUGCAUCUCCGUCCGCGCGAGCCGUUGGGAUAUGGAAGGGCCACGGAUAGCCCUUCCAUAUCCCAACGCACGUGUGAAGGACAGGUUGCGGAGGCCUUGGCGGCGGUCUACCACACCUUGCCCUGUCUGCUCUCGCAGUUGGGCCUUGCACUUCAGAAGCGAAGGGGUGGCGCGGAGUAUAGCAGCGGUGCGCAGCGGGAAGAAAGAAGCGAGGUAGAAGCUGCCGAAACGGAUGAGUCCACUGCGCCGAAACCGUGUGCGGCGUCGGCGGAAGGGGAUCACUUUCGUGUGACGAACAGCCUCGCAGACGCUGGUGCUGGAAAGGAUAGCGCCAUUGGCACCGCUCUUUGGCCAACCGUGGGAGACGCGGCCCGUGACCGUGAUGCUUUUGUUCGGCGGUGGCUGUCGUUCGCCUCUUCGUUGCUCACCACCGAGUUGUCGCCGCCAAGCGCCCCACUCACCGAGGUGCCUUCCGUUUACGCACGUGCACUGCGUGUCGGGUCCUUGUUCCGCUCUCUCCUGGAUGCCGCUGAGGAUGAGUGUGGCGAGAGGCUUCUACAGCCUGCUGCCGGGGCAGUUUCCGCGGUGUUGUCCCCAACGACACCGACCCCUUUCACCACCGCGCGAGCGGAUCCAUCCACCUUGGCGAUACAUGAGCUGCACAUCGCACAGCGCAACACCGCUGCAGCCCAUCAUGUUGUUCGUGCUGUUCCUGCUUCAUCGCCUCCGCUCGCGGCGACGACUCGGCUGAGCUCGUUGCGCCAGAUGGAGCUGCAGACGCGUCAGCAAUGGCAGUCCAUUGAGACGAGUCUUUCCGUCGCCCGCUCCAUGGCAGCGGCGGCCCUCAAGCGGGCUGCACGCGACGACGGCGAGGCGGGUGAUCUAGCGGGCUUGCGAGCGCCGAUGCCGCUUGCAUGA